AUGGCCAACCCUGUCCCGUCAGCCUGCUGCGUGGUGCUUGCUGCAGUGGUGGUGGUGUAUGCCCAGAGACACAGCCAGCAGGUCAGCCACAUCCAGUAUGAGCGAGUAGGUGCAGACGUGACCAUGAAGUGUGGCUCCAUGGACUGGGAUGCAGCCGUGACCUGGACGGCCAAUGGCACCGACAUCGACGAGUCACACCUGAACGGGUCCUACCUGAUCCUGAAGAACGUCGACCUGACGCAGAGUGGCCAGUACUCCUGCUAUGAGGGCUCCUCCUGGCACCUCAAAUACCAGACCUACCUGAGGGUGGGAAUGCCCCCGAAGGAGCCAGUACUGAUGUGCCGGUCCAACAACUACCCGAAGGGUUUCUACUGCAGCUGGCACCUGCCCACUCCCACCUACAUCCCCAACUCUUUCAACAUCUCCGUGAUACACGGCACGAAAGAAAUGGUCUGCGAGAAGGAUGCCUUUCCCAAAAACAGGUGUCACAUCAGAUACCUCCAUCUCUUCUCGACAGUGAAGUACAAGGUGACUCUGACAGUCACGAAUGCUCUGGGCAAAAACUCCACCACUGUCACCUUUGACGAGUUCGCCAUAG